AUGUCUGACAGCACUCAGUCCCGAUCUCCCGACAUGGCAUCCUUCCGGUCUCGCGUCAUCGGCACCUGGGGUCUGGUGUCGUACGUCGCCUUCAACCCUGAUGAUCCGGAAGAUAUCAUCUACCCUAUGGGCAAGGACUGCAAAGGUCAGAUCAUGUACAGCAAGGACGGCUACAUGGCAGCGUUGCUACAAGAGGCGGACCUCGAAUCGUUCGAUCGUGACUGGAGAGAGGGAACUACUCAAGAGCUGGCCAACGCAGCAAAGAAGACCAUUGCGUACUGCGGGCCAUUCUACCUCGACGAAGAACAUGGCAAGCCACAAAAGAUCGUCCACCAUGCUCAAAUCAGCGUUCAGCCCAACUGGAUCAACACCCUGCAAAUCAGAUGCGCCGAGAUGUUCGAGGAAGACGGCUACAACUACAUCACUCUGGGACCAGAGUCUCCAACUGAGUUACAGGGCGUCAAGCGAGUUCUUCGGCUGAAAUGGCGCAAGCUCUCUCAGAACGACGCAGCUCAGCCUCCAGCAGAUGCCAAAGAGCUCAAGAUCUAA